AUGGCCAAAAAGACUAGCAAAGCUCAGCCAGUGAUGGUUGAACCAACCACUGCUAACAAAAAGGGCAAAAAAGGCAGGAGGGAAGAGACGGAAGAAAUGAAGCAAAUACGACUUCAAAAUCGAGCUAAAGUGACGUCUACAUCAAGUUGGACGGGAAAGCUACCUCAAACUUUACUCCACGAACACUGUCAGAAAAGAAAGUGGAACAGGGUUGAAUACGACAUGAAGAAGUUGGGCAACGACGGGAUGUUGGCAACCGCAGUUUUGUCGUAUACGGAUCCCAAGACCAGCGAAGUUUUGCUGAUAAAAAUGCACGAUCCCACGUUUGAUAGAUCUACAGGAAAGGGAUUGUUAAAGCCCCAGGAGACGCCCAUGGAGGCUCGCCAUAUGGCAGCCACAGUGGCACUGUACCGACUGGCGUCAAUGUCUAAUAUGCAAAUGAUGCUGCCGCCUAAUCACAAGUCUCUCUGGUACGAACUGGAUGAUUACCGGAAGGCACUUCUCAAACAGGACCCUAAUCAAGCUCAAAGACUCUUUGAUGCCGAGCCUUUCAAAACCUUGAUCAUGGAGAGAAAGGCGAAAGAUAUCAAAAACAAAGAGCGCGACGCAAAGCAGCAACAGGCGCAGAAAGUUAGGCAAGCACCAACCUUUAUCACUUCUGUGUCAUCCAAGGACAGUCAAACGACAGCAAACGGGAAAGGCGUGAUAAAUAAAAAGUGGGUGAAAGAAUCUUCUGAUAAAAGAGUCAUUCGAUUCCCCCAAAAAGUUUGGGACACGGCUACUUUUAUUGACUUCAAAGAGUCUUCACGAACUGAAUUGGAGCAAUCACUCAAAGACCACAUCCACUGGGAUGCCAAAAAGUGGACUGGCGAAAACACAAAGGAAAGAACUGAACUGCAAGAAAAACUGACAUCCCUAGGGUUUAGGAAGCCACAUGUGGCAGAGGCUCUUAACUACAAGGACCCUCUGUCAUUCCUCCUGCUCAAUUUGCCAGAAGAUGAUCUUCCACCCUUUUUCCAUAAGAGACAACAAGAUACAAAAAUGAGAGUUGAGAUUUCCUCGCUACCGUUGAAGCUUCAAAAUAUGAUUAGUCGUCUUAUGGAAGGUGGUGCUUCGUACGACGAGGUUUUUUAUGCUCUACAGUCCACAGACAAUAAUGAAAAUGACGCCGCGGGAAAGUUGACCGAGAAGCUGUUGACUACACCCUUAGAGUCGACCGUCGACAUCUCUCAAGAAGAAUCUGUUGAACUGUGGAUCCAGGAGCUUGAGAGCUUGCAAAGCAUUUACGGAGACGAGCAUAUUGAAAUCUUGAACAAUGAUAGAAGCUGUUAUACAAUGAAUUUGAUUGACAAAUUCAACCUUAAACUAAAAGUUUACAAGACUAAGAAAUAUCCCUCGGUACUCCCAGGUUUGAUUGUGUCUACUUUCAGUAAAGACUAUAAACUACCGAACUACAUCAAACAAACAAUCUUGAUCAAAGUCUUGAGCUAUGUGACAGAGUCGGGUCUACUGGGUGACAUGUUUAUCUAUCAUAUUUAUGAGUGGCUCAGAGAGAACAUUGCAGCCAUCAUAGAGAGUCCAGGUUUAUUGUUGCCAGAAACUAAGAGAAUCACUGCAAACAAUGGAAACGGUCAAAAUCUAGAGGGUCCAAAAAUACGGAAAAGGGCCGCGAGAGCCGGGAGACUGACUGCUGAAGAAAUGGAAGUUCUCAAAGCUGAGUAUAAAAAAAGAAUUUCCAGUCGUGAGUACGCUGCAAAGAUUCAACAGCGCUCUCAGCUACCGGCUUGGAAAGUUCGAGAAAGUAUUGUUGAUUUGAUAGACAGAAACGAUGUGGUUUUAAUAACAGGUGAAACAGGUUCCGGUAAGUCAACGCAAAUUGUUCAGUUCGUUCUUGAUCAAUUGAUGUCAAAGAAAGGUGACUAUGGCAAAACUAAGAUCAUCUGUACCCAACCCAGAAGAAUCUCAGCCAUCGGGUUAGCCGAAAGAGUUUCGGAAGAGAGGUGUUCUCCCUGUGGUAAUGAAGUUGGCUAUCUCAUUCGUGGUGUGAACAAGACAAAACCCACGACACGUAUCAGGUUUAUGACCACCGGUGUUUUGGUCCGAAUUCUUCAAGGAGACAAAGAGUUUCUAUCAAAUUCCGUUGUAUUUAUUGAUGAGGUUCAUGAAAGGUCCGUGGACACUGAUUUGAUAGUAAUACUGUUGAAGAAUCUGCGGGGGAAAGUACCAGGACUCAAAAUUGUGCUGAUGAGUGCUACAGUAAACGUCGAUGUUUUCAAAAACUAUUUCAAGGAAUUGAAAAGCUGUCACAUCGAAGGUCGGACGUUCCCGAUAAAGGAUUAUUAUCUGGACGAUAUUCUUGAGACACUCGAUUAUAAGAUAAAGCGCAAAAACUUGUCUUACGAGGAUUUUGGUGGCGAUAGACCGGAUGAGCAUCUGAAGCCUACUGCAGACUCGAAGUUUUUCCAAUCGGGCCAGAUCGAUUAUACACUGAUUGCAGCUUUGGCGCUUCAUAUUGAUGCCAAAUUGAAAGAAGAAAAGAGUAAUGGAUCGAUUGUAAUCUUCUUACCUGGAGUUGGAGAGAUCAACACUUGCUGUAAUUAUUUGAAGAAAUCAGAAGGCGCUAGUCAUCUAGUAAUACUACCAUUGCAUUCCGCUCUGAAUCCAGCUGAUCAAAAAAAUGUGUUUAAGCGAUUCCCUGGGAAGCGGAAAAUUGUAGUUUCUACCAACAUCGCGGAAACUUCGAUUACAAUCGACGACUGUGUGGCAACCAUAGAUUCCGGAAGAGUUAAAUCAAUGUUCUACAAUGCGCAAGAAAAUACCACAAGACUUGUGGAAGGUUUCGUUUCGAAAGCGGAGGCCAAACAACGUAGAGGUCGUGCAGGUAGAGUCCGGGAUGGUUUUUCUUACAAAUUGUUCUCUAAAACCAAAUUUGGGGAAAUGUCCGACCAACCGAUUGCAGAGAUCAAACGUGUUAGUUUGGAGUCUCUAUACCUCUCCGUCAAAUCUAUGGGUAUCAAAGAUGUGAUCAAGUUUUUGGGGACAGGUCUUGAUCCUCCUUCGAUGGAGUCUUUGCAAAAAUCCGAACGGCUGCUAACAGCCGCAGGCCUAUUGAGUGAAGACGAUAAUGUUCUCACAGAAUUGGGACAAUUUAUAAGCUUGAUGCCCCUCAUGGAUUAUAAGCAUGGUAAAAUGCUCAUAUACUCCAUCAUAUUCGGAUGUGCGGACGUGGGGGUCAACAUUGCUGCGAUUUUGAGCUGCAGUGGAUCACCCUUUGCCAUUUCUCAAGAUAACAGAGACGCCGUAAAAGCAUUGUGCCAAAGUUACAGUAAUGCAGGUGACCUGUUAGCGUAUUUGGAGGUUGUCCGUCAGUAUUUGGCAAUUGAGGAUGCGGCCUCCAGGAGGAAAUUCAUGAGUCAAAACUACCUUUCUUACAAUAAGAUGAGAGAAAUAGUUUCCUCCAGAGCUCAAUUGCUGAGUAUACUGAGCGAUGUCGGAUUUUUGCCCUCCAAUUGUAAUCUCGGCAAAAUUGAGUACUUGAAUCGUAAUGCCAAUAAUUUGGAAAUCAUCAAGGCCAUCUUAACGGGAGCAUUUUAUCCACAAGUCGCACGAGUGCAACUUCCAGAUCAGAAGUUCGUAAGCACUGGCUCCGGCGCUAUAGAAAAGGAUCCCGAGGCCAAAAUGAUUCGGUAUUGGAUUCGAAAUGAAAAAUAUAUUGAUCACUUGUAUGGUCUCGAUAACGAUUCUGAGGUGGAGAAUACAACUUUACCCGCCACUAGGGCUUUCUUACAUCCAAGUUCCGUUUUUGUAUCUAACAAAAACGAUACCAAUGCUGAACUUGUGGCCUUGGAAUCGACAUCCGCCAAAUCUGUUGGGAAUGGCAACAACUAUCUCAAAUCUCCAUUUGUUAUCUAUGGCAGUUCUCACUUCAGCAACAAGCUGUAUCUACGCGAGAUAACCCCCACCUCUACUCUGGCGAUUUUAUUGUUUGGUGGCUCCAUCAAGUACGAGCUGCAAGCAACUGCUCAUUCUCCGGGGCUAGUGGUCGACAGUUGGUUACCGAUCCGUACGUGGUGCAAAAAUGGGGUUUUGAUCAAGGAACUUAGAGGUUUGCUUGACAACGUUAUACGACAGAAACUGGGCGAUCCAGGCUGUACUUCACACAAUGGUGAUGAUAUUUUGACGAUAGUUGAGAACGUUAUUGGGGCAGAGAGUUUGUAG